AUGACCUUCGCACAUCUCAAAGACCUUGUCAUGAGGCCAUCUUCAACCCGAUGGAUUGUCUCCGAAUCCGCUGGCAGGUGGGAGCAGGCUUUUCUGGUGCAAGUCAUGUGGUUGAACAGCAGAGCACAAGCCAGCACUUCGGAUUUCCAUAUCCUAUUUGUGGCGGGCAGUCCCGACCAAAGGAGCUUCCGGCGCUUCGCGCUGCACGUGGUGCGCUCGGAGGGCCUUUGGAAGGGCCUGUGCAAGUCACCAGAUGUCACGACUUCCGUGGACUUCGUGGACGAGGUUCACCGUCUCACGGUGGGUCUUGCCUGGCAGUCCGCUCUUUCCCCCACGGACGCCCAGGAUGUGCUGCAGUUUGCCACAGGGCACCGGGAGAAGAGCAGCACUGCCAUGCUGGGAGCUGGAUUGACCGCUGGGUCCUUGGCCUAUUUCGUGGGUGCCCCCUUUUGGUUGGUGAAGACGCGGCAGCAAGCGCAGCGGCAGUUUGCAGCCGAGGGCCGGGCAUUAUUGGAGAUCUUCCCCGCGUUCGGACCAGCCUACUGGCAAGGCUGCAGCCCACUGAUUGCGAGGGGUGCAUUGCUGACUGCUGGUCAGAUGUUCGGCUACGAUGGCACCAAAACCACGGCACGGAGGUGUGGCUUGCAAGAUGACCCUAUGCUUCAUGUUGCAGCGGCCGCCUGUGCUGGCUUCAGUGCUGCCACACUGUCAGCACCUGCUGAUGUCGUGAUGACCAGGUCCGAUGGGAGCUGUUGGCACCAUUUUGCUCCGCCCAAGAGGUUGCUCCUCUCCUCUUCAGGUCCUGCAGGCUUCUUCCGUGGUUGGACGGCGAAUUUCUUCAGGCUGGCUCCAACCUUCACUGUUGGAAGUCUCAUCUACGAGCAGUGCCGGCUUUUGCUGGGGCUGGGCUACAUGACAUGA